UGCGCCUGCGCUCUGCUCAGUGUGCCAGUGAUCGGUGCCUCAGGUGGUAGUGCGUUGAGCAGCUCUCCAGAACUUAUCCUCCAUGGCGUCGCGAGUGAGUGAGUCGGAGCCCGCCAAAGUGCCGCGCGGGCGCACCUGCUUCUACGACCCGGACACGAGAGUGUGGUCCGGGCUGCGUCGAGCACCCCGCCACGAUGUCGGCCAAAGCCUCGGCCAGCUGAUGCUGAGCGCGCUGCGGCGUUGCGAUGCCGGGCACGUGACGCAGAUCGGCGACACGGGCCCAGUUACGUGCGGUGAGAUGUACGAGCGGGCAGUGCGCGUCGCCCAGUGGCUGGCCGGGCGCGGCUACGGCGAGGGCACGAUGGCAGCCCUCGCGUCCCGCAACGGUGACCACGUAGCGCCCGUUAUGUUUGCCUGUUUCGCGCUCGGCAUCACGGUUAACACACUCGACGCCGCGUUCGACACCGGCGACUUCGCGCACAUGUUCGGCAUCACGCGCCCGGUGUUGCUGUUCUGUGAGCAGGACCUCCUGGCCACCGUGCUGGCCGCGGCGGCCCAGGCCGGCAUCGAGCCGCGGAUCGUACUGUUUGGGAGCGCCGAGCACCAGGAAGCGGCCGCUGACGCCGCUACCGCGGGCCACUUGCGCAUCGAGGAGCUACUGCAGCCGUCCGGACGGGAGCACCUUUUCGUGCCACCGACACUGAGCGAUCCGGCGAAGCAGCUGGCGGUGAUCCUGUGCUCGUCCGGGACGACCGGACCCUCGAAGGGUGUGAGCUACACGCACGCGUUCUGUGUCGCCAACCUACCGACGCUCUGGCGGACGAGCGCCGACGACCGGCUGCUGGCGUUCAGCUCCCUUUACUGGCUGUCCGGGUUCGCCACGCUCAUCAUCGGCACCGCCAACAUGGCGACCCGCAUCAUAACGCGCCGGCCGUUCAGCAGCGAGUACGCGCUGGACUUACUGGAGCGCCACCGGGUCACGGUGGCCUUUUUCCCGCCGUUCCACGCCAACCUGCUGGUCAGCGACCCGCGAGCGCCAGCGGUCGACGUGAGCGCCGUGCACACGCUGCUGUGCGGCGGUGCCCGUGUCAGCUCCGACCUGUACCGCCGGCUCCAAAGCUGGCUGCCGCGCACCACCGACAUCCAGGUCGGGUACGGUAUGUCCGAGGCGAGUCUGAUUGCGCUGACCGACCGGGAAGUCCCAUACCGGGACGGUACCGUCGGGACGCCGCAGCCCCUCACCGAGGUGAAGAUUGUCGACACCGAGACAGGGCGGGCGUUGGAGCUGGGCGAGCCCGGCGAGGUAAUGCUGCGCGUCCAGUACUCGUUCGCCGGGUACUACAACAAUCCGGAGGCGACCGCCGCCACCGUUACCAGCGACGGCUGGAUCAGUACCGGCGAUAUCGGCCACUUCGACCAGGACGGGCUGCUCUAUAUCGUGGACCGGCGCAAGGACAUCAUCAAGUACGCCAACUAUCAGAUCCUACCGGCGGAACUGGAAACGCACAUCAAGCUGCUGCCGGGCGUGCUGGAGUGCUGCGUGGUUGGCAUCCCGGCACCGGGCAGCGAUCUGCCCGCGGCCGUCAUCAUCCGGUCGCCCGGUGCCACCCUCGACGAGGCGACCGUUCACGAAUUUAUGCAGGCCCGGGUCGCGGACUACAAGCGGCUGCGCGGGGGCAUCUACUUCUUCGACACGCUGCCCCUCACGCCGUCCGGUAAGGUGAUGCGCCGGAAGUGCAUCGAACAGAUUCUCGCCAUCCGGGGCGAGCCAUUGUGCCCGGAAUGAACCCUUCGAAAGCGCAAUGAUGGUCACUGAAAG